UUCGUCACAUCCUGCAAUUACCAAGUGAUCGUGUCACUUGGGUUUCUACCUCGAACGUCGCAUUGCCGAUAUAACCGAAGACAAAUAUUUCUACAUUAUUUUAAUCUAGAUUACAUAAAGUUUGUGUAACUCAAGUUGAAAGUAUGGUCAAAGUGGAAAAAAGUUGGACUUUGUCUGUACCGGCAUUUUACGCUGGUAAAAGUAUUUUGAUCACCGGUGCUUCCGGUUUUAUGGGCAAAGUACUCAUAGAGAAGCUACUAAGAUCGUGUCCUGAUAUUCGAGAGAUAUUCCUGCUGAUGCGACCAAAAAAGGGAACAUCAAUAGACGGACGGCUUAGAACACUCCUUACGCUACCGCUGUUCGAUAAGCUUCGCGAGGAACGACCUUCGAGUUUCGAAAAAUUAAUUCCCGUAAACGGAGACGUAAUUGAGGAGGGAUUGGGAUUAGCUCCUACGGAAAGAAGAGUCCUUGCGGAAAGAGUUUCCAUAAUAUUUCACGUUGCCGCCAGUGUCAGAUUCGACGACACCCUUAAGGAUGCUGUUAUUGUGAACGCAAGAGCAACAAGAGAUGUUUGUAUUCUUGCUACGAACAUGAAACAACUGUUGGCAUUCGUACAUGUAAGUUCCACUUAUAGUCAGGCAGACAAACCAGAAGUGAAGGAAAUAGUAUAUCCGGCAGAGGUGGAUUGGAAACAAACAAUAAAAAUCGCAGAGAACGUAGACGAUCAUACACUUAGAAUUCUUACACCAAAAUUCUUAGGAACAUCGCCUAAUACAUAUACCUUCUCGAAGAGACUAGCUGAGCAAGUAGUGACGGAAUACAGUGAAGUACUUCCCGUGGUUAUAUUCAGACCUUCUAUAGUAAUAUCUUCGCUGGCCGAACCAGUACCAGGAUGGUUAGAUAAUUUCAAUGGGCCCGUGGGAAUGAUGGUGGGCGGCGGGAAGGGGAUACUACGAGUACUGUAUGUAGAUCCGACAUUGUCUGCAGAUUUUAUCCCAGUGGACAUUGCUAUUAAGGGAAUGGUGUGCGCAGCUUGGAAAAGAGGGAUUACAACAGUAACUCAAGACCCUAAAACUCAUGUAUACAAUUGUGCAUCAUGCGGCAUAAAAAGCAUAACGACUGCAGAAAUUGUCGAAAUGGGUUUACGUAUGACCGAAGAAAUACCACUGGAAGGUAUCCUUUGGUAUCCUAACACGUUAACGACUAACAGUAAAUUGUUGUACUACAUUUUGACGAUGAUUCUGCACUUCUUUCCUGCACUCAUACUGGACGGAUUUUUGAAAAUGAGCGGCCGCCGAGAAAUGCUUACCAAACUCCAGAGAAAGGUAUUCACUGCGAAUAGCGCUUUGGAAUAUUUUCUCAUUAAUCAAUGGAAGUUUCGAAAUGAGAAAAUGUUGAAUCUCCUAACCGACUUACCUACAGAAGAUUUGGAUACGUUUGGUUACGAUUAUUGGAACUUUGACAUAGUCGAAUACUUCCGGGGCUGUCUGAUAGGAGCCAAGGUGUACCUUUUGAAGGAAGACAUGAAUAAAGUGGAGGAGGCUAAAGCACAUUUCAAAAGAAUGCAGUGGAUUGAUAGAGUAUUCAAAUUUUGGUUUAUCGUCGCUGUUAGCUGGAUAGCAAUACGGUCAGGUUUAAUUGAAUGGAUAACAGAUACUUAUCAUUCGAUGAUCGACGAUCCAAUUUUGGAAACUUAACAUAAAACAUUAUAAUCAAUCUAAUCCCUUAUACAGCAGUUCACAGGACAUUAUGCAUUAAAAUAGAACUGUAUUAAACUUUCUUUUUUUAAAUCAAUUGCUCAUGCAAAUAAAUAAUUAUUAAAAGUUAUACAAAGACACUUUUUCGUUUCUUUUUUUUCAAUAUACAGAUUUAGGUGACAGCAUCGAUUUAGCAGAGAACUUACAAUUAAGUACGGCAAGCCGCUUUAUAAAUACUAUUCUACUUAUAAGCUGUACGAAAAUAAAUAUUUUAACUAAAUUA